UCAGUGUAAUUAGCAGAGAUUGGCAGACCAAUCAGGAGAGCAGAUCUGCAGGUGGUGGCGCUCUGGACACGGCUCGGUUCGGUUCGGCAGCUCUCAGUUCGGUUCAAAAACACCCUACAGAGAGGAGAUAAAGCGAUGACUAAGCGGCUUGUCGACAUUUUGAAAGCUCAGCGCAGACCGUGAACAGCAGAGGCGUGUUGGAAACAGCUGCAAAGAUAGAAGACAGCCCCCCACAUCUACGCCUCUGACCAUCACUCGCCAUGGAAACCCCAAGCCAGAAACGCCGCAGCGCCGUCUCCCCGACCCGCAUCACCCGGCUGCAGGAGAAGGAGGAGCUGUGCAACCUCAACGACCGGCUGGCGGUCUACAUCGACAAGGUGCGCUCCCUGGAGUCUGAGAACGCCCUGCUGCGGCUGCGCAUCUCCGAGUCAGAGUCGGAGGUCACGCGCGACCUGUCCGGCAUCAAGACGGCGUACGAGACGGAGCUGGCCGACGCCCGCAAGACGCUGGACAUGGUGGCCAAGGAGCGGGCGCGGCUGCAGCUGGAGCUGGGAAAGAUCCGGGAGGAGCACAAGGAGCUGAAAGCCAGGAACGCCAAGAAGGAGUCGGACCUGGAGGCGGCGCUGCUGCGGCUGCGGGACCUGGAGGCCAUGCUGAACUCCAAAGACGCCGCCUACACCACCGCCCUGGGCGAGAAGCGCAACCUGGAGGCCGAGCUGAAGGAGCUGAAGGCCCAGCUGGCCAAGCUGGACGGCAGCUUUGCCGAUACAAAGAAGCAGCUGCAGGACGAGAUGCUGCGGCGGGUGGAUGCAGAGAACCGCCUGCAGACCCUGAAGGAGGAGCUGGAGUUCCAGAAGAACAUCUACGCCGAGGAGCUGCGUGAGUCGAAGCGUCGACACGAGUCUCGCAUCGUGGAGAUCGACAGCGGCAGGCAGCAGGAGUUUGAGAGCAAGCUGGCCGAGGCGCUGACCGAGCUGAGGACGCAGCACGAGGACCAGGUCCACAUCUACAAGGAGGAGCUGGAGAAGACCUACCAGUCCAAGCUGGAAAACGCCCGCCAUUCGGCGGACAGACACAACCACCUGGUGGGCGAGGCUCACGAGGAGCUGCAGCAGACCCGGGUCCGUCUGGAGGGCCUGACGGUCCAGCUGACCCAGCUGCAGAAACAGCUGGCGGCCAGCGAGGCCAGAGUCCGGGAGCUGGAGGAGUCCAUGGCGCGGGAGCGCGACAUGAUGCGGCGCCGCCUGGAGGACAAGGACCGCGACAUGUCCGAGAUCCGGGCCCGGAUGCAGCAGCAGCUGGACGAGUACCAGGAGCUGCUGGACAUCAAGCUGGCCCUGGAUAUGGAGAUCAGCGCGUACAGGAAGCUGCUGGAGGGAGAGGAGGAGAGGCUCCGCCUCUCCCCCAGCCCCUCCUCCACUAAGGUCACAGUGACCCGGUCCUCGGGGUCGGGCCACGCCAGCCGCCUGCUCCUCUCCUCUGCCGCCGCCGCCUCCAGCAGCCGCACUUCGUCCAGCGCCAGCAAGAAGCGCCGCCUGAAUGACAACGACAGCGAGACGUCCAGCAUGGUGGGCGGCACCAUCACCAAGACCCGCAUCAGCCAGCAAGCCUCCGCCAGCGGACGCAUCACCGUGGACGAGGUCGACCUGGAGGGCAAGUUCAUCCGUCUGAGCAACAAGGCGGACGAGGAUCAAUCUCUGGGAAACUGGCAGGUGAAGAGGCAAGUCGGCAGCGGCGCUCCGAUCGUCUACAAGUUCCCCAGCAAGUUCACUCUGAAGGCCGCAUCCACCGUGACGGUCUGGGCGGCUUCUGGAGGUGGAACCCACAACCCGCCCACUGAUCUGGUCUGGAAGAACCAGGCGUCCUGGGGCAGCGGCGACCUCCUGCAGACCACGCUCAUCAGCGCCGCCGGAGAGGAAAUGGCCUCCAGGAAAGUGAUGCGCACCCUGUUCCAGGACGAAGAUGAUGAAGACAUGGGAGCCCACAGCACCAGCGCAGACAACGAGUACAACCUGCGCAGCCGCAAGGUGAUCUGCGACUCGUGCGGCCAGACGUCGGAACGCUCCGGCGGGUUGGACGGCCUCAUAGGACAAUCCUCCUUCAUGGGAACCAACGAUCCCAGACAGGGUGGCAUGAAGCCGGAGAACUGCUCCGUCAUGUAAAAACCAAAGAGCACCUCAUCUGAACGCACCAUAGAGCAGGAUCCUUAUGCACCAUCAGGAUCUCUUUUUUUAUUUUUUUAUAUGAUAAUUUGUUUCCUUUUUGUAUCCAGAUUAAUGUGCAGGUUGGACCUGCUUCACGGCUUUGGGCUCAGAUUUCUUCAUGUAGAAUUCAUUUUUUCCUGCAUGUCUUGUUUUGGCCUCUGCUCUGUCUGCACGCUCCGCCCCAGUCCGAUCCAGUCCGAUCCAGUCCGGGCUUUCACUGCCGCCGCUGAACACGCACAGCUGGCGAACAAACCUCAGAGCUUUAAUAAUCAUGCUGUUUGAAGACUUCUGUUUACACUUUGUUUGCUGGAACGGCGUCGUUUCUGUGUGUAUGCAACAGGAAAAUUCCUCCAAAGAAAAAGACUGUUGGCUCAGGUUUUUAAACAAACAUCUUGUAUAUUUGCUUUAGGCGACAUAGUCGUGCAGCUGUGGUGUGUUGAAAUGAUGAAAUUAAGCUUGCUUGCACAGAUGAAGUUCAGCUUCUAGUUUAGAGCAUCUAUAAAACAUGGCUUGAAACUUGGAUGUUUUACUUUAAUUUACUCCUUUUUCCUCUCUAAGCACAGCGUGGUUCAGCUGGUCCACAAGCUCUGAUCAGGCAGUAGCAGGAGCAUCUGAAAGUCCAGACAGGAAAUGGUCAGGAAACCCUUCAGUAGAGCAGCUUAAACCCAUUAACAGGCUGGCUGGUGGCAUCUUGCUGAUGUUUGGCAGUUUUCCUUCCAACAAAAACUCAUUUAUUGUGAAAUCUUUGCGCUCCAGGUUACAACAGUUCACCUGCGUUCAAACCCACAACGUGACCCGAUCAAGCUCCACUUAAAGCUGCAGUACGUAACUUUCACUAAAAUAUGUUCUUUCCAUAUUUAAUAAAAAUAUCUCCACAUUGUUACAGUUUAAUAUGAGACAAAUAACCUGGAAAAAAAUAAAUAAAUAAAAAAUCAAAUUCUUCCCAGUGGUGCCAUUAUGCUCUGAAGAAAUUCACUGCUUCUGGUCAAAAUCAUCCAAUCAGGAGGCGGGUCUUGUCGCUGUCAAUCAUCCUCAUGUAUGCUGCUCAAUGUGGAAGAAAUUAACUUUUACAGAAAAACUGUUUUUCUGCUAACUAGCUUUAGCAUUCUUUGUGGGCUAAGCUGUGGUGAACUGAGUGAUUGACAGCGCUAAGUCCCGCCUCCUGGCUGUGAUUGGUUGUUUUUGACCGAGUUUCUGCAGGAACCACUGGGAGAAAGCAAAAGAGCUCUAUUUAUUUUUCUAUUUAUUUUUUCACAGAUUUGUCUUUUAUCAUCUCAACAAUGUUAAAAAAAUAAUAAUAAUUCUUUUUUUAUUAAAUAAAAGUUGCAUACUGCAGCUUUCAGCCACUGUCUGACUGUCAGAUGCUGCAGAAACUGCCAGGUGUUCUCCACAAGCCACAUCCCUUUAGAUCCAGUCCUUCCCAUCGCUGGGCUGCAUGUGAACCCAGUGAAACCAGUUCUGGAUGUUCAGUUUCCAGUGGCUCUAAUCUGAAAACAUUAAUUUCCUUGGAUUUAUUUGACUAAAACGAACAGGAAGCUGCUGGAGGUGGCAGUUAAAUUUUCCUUCAGAGGAAAGAAACUUUCUCUGCUCACAUGAUUCUUCGGUCUUGUGACGGUCAGCCUUCCUCUUCAUCCUCAUCCUCGGUUUGUGUCGCUCUGUAAAACUGGUCACAAGGGCUUCUUUCUUUUUUCCAGUUGAACUCUGCAUCUUUAGAAAUAUUUUUGGGAUUUUGGACUUUAUGCGCUGCUUUUAGAGGUCUGCAGCAUGAAUGCAAAGCAGGUAGAUUUGUACUGUAGUUUGGCAGCUUUAUGCAUUUAUACUCCAUGUUAAAGUUUAUCAGCACAGAAAAUACUUGAUGGAUUUGUUUUUUGUCUGAUUUGUCAUUCAGGCCAAAAAUCUAUUUUUAUUUUUAAAACCCUGAAGUGCCUCAGCAACUUUCUGAAAACACCCCAUGACCUCCAUUUGAAAGAGCAAAGAUCUAGUUUUGACCAUGUUUUUAUGUUCAGAUGAUUUAUAUAAAGAAGUUAUCAUUUUCUCAGACGAGAUGUUCGUCCCGGUUAAACGUCUCAAAUUUUACCCAAAUCUGUUGAUGUCAAAGUUUCUCCUCCCUUUAAAGUGGAGUAAUAAUUAGAAACAAAACACCAUGCUUUGACUUGUUGUGAUUGUAUUUUUUUCUAAAAUGAAGCCAAAUAAAAGCUAUUUUUCCCACC